AUGUCAUUUACUCGUCAAUUAACUAAGAAUUUAACUAGUUUUAAGGUAUUAGCACCAUUCGCUGCUGCGGUGGGAAGCGUCGGAAUAGCAUACCAAUAUUCAACAUCUUCUAUUAUGAAUGAAACAGGAAAGACUUUCACUGGUAAUGACGAAUGGAUUGACUUGAAGUUAGCUAAGAGUUGGGAUACCACUCAUAACACUAAACAUUUUGUUUUCGAGUUGGCCAACCAGGAUGAUGUUUCCGGAUUGAUCAAUGCUUCGUGUUUAUUAACCAAGUUUGUUACACCAAAGGGUAACAAUGUUAUCAGACCAUACACUCCAAUUUCUGAUGUUGAUGGUAAGGGUUCUAUUGAAUUUGUCAUCAAGAAGUACGAUGGAGGUAAGAUGUCUAGCCACAUCCAUGACUUGAAGCCAAACGACACUUUGGCAUUCAAGGGACCAGUUGUCAAGUGGAAGUGGGAACCAAAUCAAUACAAGUCGAUUGCUUUGAUCGGUGGUGGUACCGGUAUCACUCCAUUGUACCAAUUGAUGCACGAAAUUACCAAGAACCCUGAAGACAAGACCAAGGUCAACUUAUUCUACGGUAACCUUACCGAAAAAGAUAUUUUGAUUAAGAAAGAAUUAGAUACUAUUGCUGAAAAGCACAAGGACCAAGUCAACGUUGUUUAUUUCCUCGACAAGGCUCCUGAAAACUGGAACGGCGAAACCGGUUACAUUUCUAAGGAAUUCUUACAAUCUAAAUUGCCAGGUCCAGGUAAGGACAACAAGGUUUUCGUCUGUGGUCCACCGGGCUUGUACAAGGCUCUUUCUGGUCCUAAGAAGUCUCCAACUGACCAAGGUGAAGUUGAAGGUGCCUUAGCUGACUUAGGUUACACCAAGGAAAAUGUCUUCAAGUUCUAG